UGUCGCUUUAAAAGUGAGGUUAUAACAACUAAAAUGUUUCAUUUAUCAAAAAUUAUACCAAAAAUAUCUUUAAUAGAACAUUCUGUAUCUUUACAAAUCGUAAGAUAUAAAAGAAAACCUAUAGGGGCCCCUAAAGCAAAAAGUAAAUUAUAUAAAGUUCCGGAAAAACCACAACUUCCCAAGGAUGAACUCGAAGAAUUAAGACGAAUAAAUAACAAUUAUAAAAAUCACAUGAAAUCAAUAAAAAGAUUUUUGGUAGCAAACUAUGCUAGUAAGGAAAAACUAGAUGAUACAGAUCAUAAAAAUAAAGUGGCUUACGAAGACUAUGAAAUUUGUGCUAAAAUAAAUGACGAAUGGAAUGCAAAGGUUGGCGUUGAACGAGAAAAAUUCUUUGAGGGUCUUUUAAAUAAAGAUAUUGAAGUAGCGAAAAAGAAAUUGGAAUUUCAACAAUUUAAGAAGGUUUUGGAUUUAGAGGAGGCGGAGAAAAUUGUGAGAGAAGUUAAAGAGGAAGCAAAAGGGUUUAUUACCGCUGAAAAUAUUGAUGAGGCUAUUGAAAAGGCUUUGUCUAAUCCUGUUGAUCAUAAUUUUUCAAUUGAUUUAGAAGGAAAUCGGUUUUACGGUAGAGAAAGUGUACCUGAAAUGAUUAAAAAAUGAUUUAAAAAAUAAUUACAAAAUAAAAAUUAAAACAAUUC